AUGAUACGCAAAGACCUUUGCAGUCCAGAAGCCAUUUGUACCGGUAGACGUUGUAAAUGUGUGGACGGGUUCACAGGUGAUGGCAUCAAAUGUGUGUCCCUCUACCAGCGAUCUGUGAAUUGCUCUGAAUGCGAUCCAAAUGCUCACUGCGAUGAUGGAAUGUGCAAAUGUAAUGUUGGUUUCUUCGGCAAUGGUUUAUGCUGUGUGCCUGACCCUCGUGACUGCGUGCAUUUCACAGGAGUCUGCAAUCCGGACGCGACUUGCGAUCGAGACGCGCGACAGUGUAAAUGCAAUACAGGCCGAUCGACCUAG